AUGGCGGACGGCAAGCAGUUCAACAUGCGGAAUCCGGCGGUGAAGCGGAUUCUGCAGGAGGUGAAGGAGAUGCAGCGGGAGGGCAGCAAGGAGUACACCAGCAUGCCGCUCGAGCCCAGCGGUCGCUUUGAGGUGCAGACGAAGAUCUGUCUGAGCAUCUCCAACCACCACCCCGAGCACUGGCAGCCCUCCUGGAGUGUGCGCACGGCGCUGGUGGCGCUGAUAGCCUUCAUGCCAACGAAGCCUGAUGGCGCAUUGGGCUCACUGGAUUACCCCAAGGACGAGCGCCGCAAGCUCGCAAUCAAAUCCCGAUUCGCGCCGCCCAAAUUUGGGAGCCCCGGGCGGCAACAAGUGAUUGAUCAGAUUCACGCAGCCAUGCUGCAAACGGCCCCUCCCAUCCCUGCUACUUUGCAGUCUGCCUCUUCUCCCAGCCCUAAGGCUCCAGACGCCCCUCAAGACUCAGCUGCCGACCUUGCUCUCCCUCCUCCUGCUGAAUCAGUGAGUACUGGUGCUGCUGCUGACUCUGGUACUUCUCCAGCUUCCCCCCCCGUGCCCUCCUCGUCCACCGAGGUUUCUGCCGAGCAGCCUUCUCUCAGCUCUUUAGUCCCUCUUCCAGCAGCAGCACAGCCAGGCGACACACCGUCCACAUCCUCCGCACCUGCUACUGUGGGUGCGACUCCCGGUUCUUCCUCUGGCUCAGCCGGCCUAAAUGAGACAGGCACGGGCCUUGCUGUAUCUUCCGGUAGUGAUUCUACAGGGGCCAGCUCUUCAGCUCCUCUCCUGCAGACACACGCCGGAUCCGUCCCUGCUGGUGGUUCGGAGUCAGCUGCAUCAGCUGCUGCUGCGGCAGGACAAGCGGUCCCAGCAGGUGCAGCCGAGGAUGCUGCAGCAAUAGCAGGCAACCAAGCGCAGCAGCAGCAGCAGUAG